CUCAACCCUGACUCCCUAUGCCUUCCAGCCGUGAAGCACUCGCCUUUAGCAGCUCUCGCCGUCGAAGGUCUGGCAUCUCCUUGCGUCGCCAGAAGGUCGUUUUGGAGUUGCUGGUCGCGAUGACGUCUCUUCCCUCUUCGUCAAGCCCAGACCUCCUCGUCGUCGUCGUCAGUUUGUACCUACUGCUGGCUCGUCUUCUCGUCUCUGCCCCGCUCGUCAGUACCAGUUGCGUGGUGCUUCCCCAUGCUAGUGGGUCCACCGCCGAUCUGCUCUCUCUUCCCUCUGGUCCCGAUCUUAGAGGACAAAAGGGGGUGAAGCAAAAUCUUGACUUGCAAGACGCACCGGUAUCUCCAUGAAAUGUUGUCGCCGCAACGCCAGGCAUGUUCUUCUUCUCUUUUAAUAUGCACAAGCCAAAAUAAUGUAAAAUCAUGCAGAUUGCUAAUAAUUCUCACCUUCUGGAAAGGUCAAGUAUGAAGUUUGCUCCCCUGAUGCAUUGAAUAAACUAUUGGUGAAGUUUGGGGUGACUCAA